AUGACGACUUCUAAGCGAAAUAGACUGCUGAAGGAACUUCUGAUUGAUGAUAAUAUACAUUCCAAAGUACAGGCUGAUUUAUGGGACGCUGGAGAUGGUGGAGUACGACGGAAACGCACCAGAGAUAGACAUGACAAGUCGUCGGAUCAUAUAGGCUAUAACGGUGCUGAUGAUUCUGGGGUGCAACCGGAGAAGAAUAAGGACAAGAAACUUAAAACGAUUGUUAUACCAUCUGAUUGGAAUGAGAUGAACAGCCAUGUGCAAUUUUCAGACGAUCGUAGAAUUAUUACUAUCAGGUAUAAUCCGUUGAAGUUGCUUGAUUUCAAUCAAGUGUUGAACAGAGGCAGCGAUCUCGACGUAAAAGUACCGUCAAUUCCGCUAAAUGGCAUUGACUUUGAGAUAUAUGAAACUGAAAAUUUGUUAACAUCUCUUGAUAACGAUGCUCAGUUCCCUUAUCGUGGCGCAAUUGAAAAUAAGCAGGAUUAUACAACUCAUAGGACCAUUCCUCGUGUCAAAGAUAGAGAGUUUUUUCUAACUUUGCUGCGUAAGUCCCAAACAGCAGCUCGUUUCAAUGGUAACACACUCCUGGCAUUUCCAAAUGAUGAAGCUCAUAAUCAAGAUAAGAAACGGUUAAAGCCAACAGCUUUGAUGCAUUCUGCGAAGACAACCAACGUGGAAUAUGUUUAUUUCCAAAAUUAUGAGAUCAAAACUUGGUAUAAGGCUCCCUACCCUGAAGAGUAUAACAAGAACGAAAUUAUCUAUAUUUGCGACAAGUGUUUGAAAUAUAUGAGUUCAAAGUAUGUCUAUUAUAGGCAUCAGUUGAAAUGUGAUUAUAUCCACCCGCCAGGAAACCAAAUUUAUAGAGAUAUGGACCAAGGGUUCGCCAUUUGGGAAGUAGACGGAAGAGAGAACGUUAUUUAUUGUCAGAAUUUAUGUUUACUAGCGAAACUUUUUUUAAAUUCGAAAACUUUGUAUUAUGACGUGGAACCCUUUAUGUUUUACACCAUAACAGUAUGGGAGGACGAAGAAUGGAAAUUUGUUGGAUAUUUUUCUAAGGAAAAGCUAAACUCAACUGGUUAUAACCUAAGUUGUAUUCUUACUUUACCACAUUUUCAAAGGCGCGGUAUCGGACAUCUACUGAUGGACUUUUCAUAUCUCUUAUCAAGAAGGGAAUUUAAACUAGGCACUCCCGAGAAACCUUUGAGUGAUCUUGGUUUGGUAUCUUAUCGAAUAUACUGGAAAAAUAAGAUGGUGCAAACGCUUAAUAUGUUAUUUGAAGAACUGGGUGAUUCAUUCGCUUGUACCAUAGACGACUUGUCCAAUCUAACCGGUAUGAAUCAUUCGGAUGUGAUAUUCGGCCUGGAACAGAUUGGAUGUCUAUACAAAUACAACGAUGAAGCCUCAGGUAAAUGCAAAUAUGCAGUGAAAGUAGAAGAUUGGGAUAUCUUGUGUCAGUUAUUUGAACAGUCUAGAGCGAAAAUGAAAUAUACUUUGGACCCUUCCAGAUUUGUUUGGAAGCAUGUCAUUUUCGGUCCUUCGUGUGGAAUCAAUGCCGUUGGAACCAUGGUAGAAACAAAUGUUAGCCAGCAAAGAAUUACGUCUGCCGCUGGUUCAACAGCUGCUGAUCCAUUCAAACAAAGUAUAUCUGUUCUAACGAAUUUUAUGAGUGACGAUUUGGCGGAUCCAAGAACGAUGGAAGAAGCUGCAAUGGAAAAGAUUAAGCAACAAACUAUUCCUGUAUCCUUGUCUGAUAAAUCUUUAGUUCGAGCAUAUACACUUCCAAGCAAUAUCAAGGAAAAAAUCAUUAAGGCAAGCAAAAUAAAACCUGAAUUCAAACAACUCAAUACGAAGCUCGGGGGGACUAUUCCAGCUCUCAAUGAAGGUACACCUUCUGGCGAUGCUUCUGAUGCCAAAACACUGAUCAGCGGAGGUAUGCACGAUGAUAUAAAUGGCGAUGAGCAAGAAAUUGAGGAAGAGUUUGAAGAGGCAGACGGUUUAGAAGAUGAAGGUUUCUCGCUAGAUGAUGCAGAAGCUGAGGAGUAUUCAGAUGAUGAUGAAGAUGAUGAUCAAGUGCCACCGCCUCCAGAGGAAAUAGCGACUCCUAGGGUCAGUAGAUCUCUAAGAAAACUCAGACAGCACAAUCCCGUAGAAAAUGAAGUUCAGCAAAGACCACAGAGAGUCUUACGGAAUAGAGUUUGA